UAGUUCAUCCCUAAGCAGCACUGAUUGACUAUAGCUAGCACACUGGCACUCACAAGCACUAACACUCACCCAGAACGAUGGAGAGAGACAGCAGAAAUGAGAAGUUCUUCUCCAGAAAGAGAAGUUUCACUUUUGGGGCAUAUGGAGGUGUGGACAAGUUCAUAUGUGAAAAUGAGACUAGCAGACCAGAACCUUUAGAGCACAGCAUUCUGGAUAUUUUGGACUCCCCUACCAGCGAAACCAAACCGUUCCUUUCUGCUGGCAGCAACCAGAAGGUGACAGAGCUGUUUGAGAUCAUUGAGAAGUUGCAGAGCAGCAGGCUAGAUGAACAGCGCUGUGAAUUCCCUCUGCCUUUGAGGUCUCAGCUUUUGAAGAUAGGUCYUGACCUUCCUCUGAUCCUGCCUCCAAAGCUGGGUGGUUACUGGAUAGACCCCCCGCUACAGAAGUUUGCUGAGACCAGUCCGACAUCCUCUCAUUACGGACUAGACCCAGAGACCUAUGACAUCAUGGAGAGAGACAGCGAGGCCACAUACUACCAGGAGUUCUUCCGCUCACGAUAUCAUCACUCGUUCACAGCAGUGGACCCCUCCCUGGGACCCCUCCUUCUCUCUGUCUGUUUGGAGGAAGAAGAGAAGAGGCUGAGAGUAAUACUGAGAAUGAGGGAAUGCUCUAUGCAUGGGGUUUUCUCUGUGUCUCUGUUCCCAAACAUCCCGUCUGCUGUGGAGCUGGCCAAGAUGCUAUGCGACAGUGUGACUGUGCCCAGAUUUGAUGUGGUCAGUUACCUCAAGGCACCAGAUCUUAUAACAGCAUUUGAUGAACACAGAGUGUCUCCGAAUUUCAAGUUUGGUGUCUUGUAUCAGAGAGAGGGACAGUUGACAGAGGAGGACAUACUCUGUAACAAUGAGGAAAGUGAAGAGUUUCAAGAAUUCCUCUCUAUUUUGGGAGCUACAGUCGCACUUCAAGGGUUCACUGGGUUUCGAGGAGGUUUGGACGUGUGUCACGGCCAGACAGGAAGUGAUGCGGUCUUCACUUCCUUCCACGGCAGAGAGAUCAUGUUCCAUGUGUCCACCAAACUSCCCUUCACAGAGGGCGAUACACAACAGCUACAGAGGAAGAGACACAUWGGCAARGACAUCGUUGCUGUUGUUUACCAGGAYGGCCACACCCCUUUURUGUCUGAUGUCAUCGGCUCACACUUCCUGCACUGUUUCCUAGUGGUCAGGAGGGUGAGGAAGGGAGUGGGGGARGAGGGGGAGGAGGCAGGAGGAYGAGGMGUGUUCCAGGUAAGAAGAUAA